CAUGCGGGGACGCCUCACAGCCCGCGAAAACUAUGGUCAUGAGUGUGAAGACCACUCAGCCAGUGCGUGUGGGCUUCUACGACAUUGAGAAGACCAUCGGCAAGGGUAACUUCGCCGUGGUCAAGCUCGCCCGGCACAGGAUUACCAAAACGGAGGUCGCGAUUAAGAUCAUCGACAAGAAGAGCUUAAGCCUGGACAACUUGAAGAAAGUGUACCGGGAGGUUGAAAUCAUGAAGCGGCUAAGCCAUCCGAACAUUAUCAAACUGUAUCAGGUGAUGGAAACUCAGAAUAUGCUGUAUAUUGUAUCGGAGUACGCCAGCCAGGGUGAUAUUUUUGAGUACAUAUCCCACAACGGCCGGCUGCGUGAGGACGAGGCGCAGAAGAAGUUCUCGCAGAUCGCGUCGGCGGUCGACUACUGCCACCGGCGCGGCAUCGUCCACCGCGAUCUUAAGGUGGAGAACCUUUUGAUAGACGCGGGCGGUCAGAUAAAGAUCGCCGACUGGGGCUUCAGCACCUUCUUCCAGCGGGGUGGUGCGCUGACCACCUGGUGUGGCUCACCGCCGUACGCGGCGCCCGAGGUCUUCGAGGGCAAGGUGUACACCGGCCCCGAGAUCGACAUCUGGAGCCUGGGAGUGGUGCUGUACGUGCUGGUGUGCGGCGCGCUGCCCUUCGAGGGCAGCACCGUGCAGGCGCUGCGCGAGCGCGUGCUGUCCGGCCGCUUCCGGAUCCCGUUCUUCAUGUCGACAGACUGCGAGAGCCUGGUGCGCAAGAUGCUGGUGGUGGAGCCGCAGCGACGGCUGACCAUGCCGCAAGUGUUCCGCCACCGCUGGCUGCAGGCCGGCCCCACUGCCGCCCCGCCGCCGCCGCCGCCACCCCCACCGCCGCCGCCGCCGCCGCUGCCGCCAGUGACACUGGCGACUGCGGCCGUGGCCGACGUCAACGAGCACGUGCUGCGCGUCAUGCAGGGCCUGGGCAUCGACACGUCCGUCACGCGCCAGUCGGUGGCGCGGCGGGCCUACGACCACCACGCCGGUAUCUACCUUCUGCUGGAGGAGCGGCUGCGCCUGCACCGCAGCAGCGGCGGCGCACCCUCCUUCGACGAGGGCGUCGAGGUGGACAUGGUGGACGAGCUGCCGGCGGCGGCGGCGGCCGGCCGGCACCCACCGGUGGCGCGCAAGCCGUCUGAUGGCGCGUCGGCCACCGAGUCGCCGUUCGGUUCCGUCACCAGCACCGAGUCCAACAACUUCGAGUCCUUCGACUCGCAAAUGGAGCCGGACAUGUUCAGCAGCUCGAGCUCGUGCUACCAGCCGGCACCGGCGCUGGCCAAGCCGCCAUGCCGGCCGACUCUGGCGUGCCGACACAGCGUGCGUCACAACCCGCUGGAGCAGACGGCCACCGGACGCCGAUCGCCCGUCAGCUUCCGCGAGGGCCGCCGCGCCUCCGACGGCCUGGUGGCCUCUCAGGGGAUGGUAGCGUUCAACCACCGUCUGAACCAAGGUCAGAAAGCGGGCGGCUUCACCGAACUGAGCUGUCUGCAGCAGGAGCAUGCUUGCCUGCGCGCGCAAGUCACUCGCCAGAGGCACGGACAGCUGAAGCGGCCGCCCAGGCCGCGCUGCUGUUACAAGCCGGCGACGGCGGGCGGCGAGCUGCUGCAGCCGGAGCUGCACUUUCAGCCGAUCGCCGAGGACGUCGGCACGGCCGACGGCUGGGACAACCUGCAGUACAGCCUGGCCAACUGCCAGAUCACACCAAGGCUGGCGGCCGACAGCUGACCGGCCCGGCCGGCCGCCGGCACCCAGCCUUGACCGGCCCGGCCCGGCCGGGCACGGCCGGUCUGCAACUCAACGGACGCAGAUCGGCCCGAUCGGUCGUCUGUUCUGCUGAGAUCGGCUCGGUCAAUGGUGCAGCAGUCAGCGGUGUUCCUUUUCGCCCGGCUGCGGAAGGGAGGGACCGCGCGAUUCCCGUGCGGAGCGCGCCGGCGCUCGCCGCAGCUGUAGUGUACGUGUUCCUUCGCCGGCGCGGCUGGCCCCCGGGCUCCUGUAGUCAACCCAGCAAUAACGCCACACAGCCGUCUGGCAUGCGUGUAGAGAUCGUUAUUUUUUUGAGUCGCCGUGGCCUGCCACACAUGUGCUGUAUCGUUGUAAUCCUGCGUUGUGUCGCGGACGAGGUGUUCCGCUGCCCGUCGUGUGGAUGAGCAGCCGCGGCGCGUCCGGCUCUGAUGACCCGGCGCGUGGUGCUGGUGUUCCCGUGUCCUCGGAGCCAGCGACUACAGCGACUGGCGCCGUCAGGGCCCCCCCUGUUGCCGUACCUUGCCAGAUGUGCGCGCUGGCGAGACCAAGACCGGCGCGUCUGUGGCGCGGCAGCCGCGUGCCGUCGGCGCGCGCGCGUGAGGAACUCUGCUGGGCCCUGUGACCCGCCGGCUCCGUACUUACGGCUACGCGCCCGCUUGUGCGCUGGGCGCUGGGUGCGGCUCGGAGAUGAUAACCAAAUGGACGCGGUCGGCGCCCGAAUCAUGACAGUGCGCGAGUGGCGUCCGGUGGGGAGACGUCCCGCGCCGCCCUUGCGGCGCAGCGGGCCGCGUCCGGCCGCGGGCGUCCAGUGUAAACAUCAGGCUUUUCUAGUCAGUUGAAUGCGUGUCGUUUUGUACCGAGUUUUUUGUUGGGUGCAAGCCUGGGUGUUGAGUUUGGUUAUCUCUCAGUUGUUGGUACUUCUAGUCGAUAUCGCUGACUGCAGUCUUUCAUUUCGGCCUGUGGCGCGGCGGCUGCACUGGCCCCCAUUCCUAGCGGUCGGCGGCAGACGGCGCCACUACCGAGGGGCGCCCACUUGUGCACCGCGCAUCUGUAGACGCGGAGACACACACACACACACACACACACCCAUAUAUAUAUAUAUAUAUAUAUAUAUAUAUAUAUAUAUAUAUAUAUCCACGGAGUCGCAUGCGCAAGUAUCUAUGUCCGGUUUUAUUUGCGAUGUGAGGAGAUGGUUGCCAAUACACCAAAAAGUAUUGCUGUUUGCCUUACUGUUGUUCCGUGCGAUGAACCGGACAGUCCAGCUCUUGUAAUUAUCUAAUACUCAGUAGUUUUGUAACUGCAGUUUUGAAUAGAAAUUCAGAACAGCACGCUUACCAGCCUAGAACUGUGCCCAUGCGCUGGGCAUGAAGCCCGCACGCUCCUUACGCAAAAGUUCGUUACGCGUCUGCCGUCACUGAAGAGUAGUCCGAUUGUCAGGCAUGCAUGGCCGUCGUCAACAUCACCACUAUUUAGCACAAUCACGCACUACACGAUCGAGAGCGUGAGAAAGUGUCGAGGGUGAAUUUUGCCACCCAGCCUCUUGGAGAACUUCGGGAACGAACGCGGCUGCAACUCCAUUACAGCAGCCAUUGUCGAGCCCGCUGUGCAGGGCAUCAAACGACGUCCGGGUAUGGCAGUGAAGAAACGAAACACGGGCCUACCACCACGCUUUCAAGGGCUGCUGCCAUGGACCGUGGUAUCGGCUGUCCCAAUGGCUGCUACCGAGUACCACGAACCACGAAGCCACCCGUUGUUUGCGCCAUCGCUGAACAAGUGAAUGGUCAUGUUCACCAGUUACUCUGCAUCAGAAAUUACCGCCACCCUGCGGUGCAUCUCAAACGAAGCAGGAAGCGGCGCUCACGGGACAAGCACG